UAGCAGCAGCGUUGCUGGCAUAGGAAAGCUGAAAGUUUGUGUUAUUAAUAGGCAUUUAAGUGCGGGCCUUGGCCAACCUGUUAACCACCCGCCCAAGUCUUGGUAAAUACAGUAGUGUCUUUACUAUCGCAACUAAUCGAGCAGUCGUAGCAAACCACACAAUCGUCACUGUUGUGCUCAUGACUCAGGCGAGGCUGUGGACUGUAGUUCCGGGUGUGCUGAUGUGCUGCUCGCAGUGAAGCAAUAAACCCGUCAGCCAACCCGCUAACUAGUUAAUAAGGAUCGAGAGAGCAGACGCCUGAUCCUUUACAUAUUAGCUCCGUCUUAUUGAUUUUUUUAAAAGGUCCGAUUACCAUUUAUGCAUUUUAGUUGAAACAAGUUGAAACGAGGGUAGGAUGGCGGCUGCGCUGCUUUCGGAGACGGAGAUCAAACAGCGGUCUAUGGCAGAGGAGGAUCCGAAUGGGAAUGAACACGGAGCGGCCGCCCGCAGCACCGCGCCCCGCUGGGGACCGCUGCACGCCGGGGCCCGGCAGCUGGCCCAGCUCUACUCUCCGGGCAAGCGUAUGCAGGAGUGGAUCUGUGUGCUUCUCUGCCUCAGCCUCUUCAGCAUCAACUUCCUCUUCCUGCUGGUCAACUUCUCCACGGCGCACAUCUACAGAAUAAUCUUCGGCAUCUUUGCAGGGAUCGUAACGGCAGACUUUGCCUCUGGCAUGGUGCAUUGGGCGGCAGACACCUGGGGCUCUGUGGAUAUACCUGUCCUUGGCAAGGCAUUUAUCCGGCCGUUUCGGGAGCACCACAUUGACCCCACCGCCAUCACGCGUCACGACUUCAUCGAGACCAACGGAGACAACUGCAUGAUCACCAUCCUGCCACUGGCCCGCAUGGCGUACAAGUUCCUGUCCUGCACACCAGAAUCCCUUGCAGAGUCAUACCCGUGGGAGUGCUUUGUGUUCGCCUUGGCCGUCUUCGUCACCAUGACCAAUCAGAUCCAUAAGUGGUCUCACUCGUACUUUGGGCUGCCGCGCUGGGUGACCCUCCUGCAGGACUGCCAUCUGGUGCUGCCCCGAAAGCACCACCGCAUCCACCACGUGUCCCCCCACGAGACAUACUACUGUAUCACCACAGGAUGGUUGAACUAUCCUCUGGACUGCUUGGGUUUCUGGCGCCGGAUGGAGUGGCUGAUAGAGAGGAUCACCGGACAGAAACCUCGCAGCGACGACCUCAAGUGGACCAAGAAAACCCACUGAGGCCCCGCCCCACCCUGCU